AUGGAAUCAAAGACCAGACUAGUUUCCACCCUCCGCCUGCUUAUCCCCCGUCUCCGCCUCCUACAAAAGAAAGACACAGCCUCCUCAGUCGUCCAACGCCGCGAACUCUCCCAGCUCCUCAGCGAAGGCCGCGAUACAUCAGCGCGCAUCCGAGUCGAAAAUGUCAUUGCAACCGAUAUCGCAGUGGAGGUAAUGGAGAUGGUCGAGCUCUACUGUGAGCUGCUGCUAGCGCGCGCAAACGUGUUGGAUCAGAUGGCCUUCAGCGACCAGGGAACCCGCGCCAGACUUCGCGCCAAGGAAUUGCUUAAGAAGCGCACCCAAGAACAAGCUGGUGCUACGGUAUCAACCACCGCAGGCGUCAAGGGCGCUGGGGAAAGCACCAGCUCGCGAUUCGGGUUCUCUUGGCUGGGAGGAGGAGCGCAAAAGAAGGAGGCUGAGCGGGCUGCGCCCAUUACAGCAUCUGGUAGUGCGGCGGAUGACUCCGAUGAAGAUAAUCCCUACAUUGAUACUGCGCUCGACGAGGCUGCUACUGUGGUCUUUUACGCGUGGCAUCGCUUUCCGCAUGAGGUGCGCGAAUUCACUAUGCUCCGCACUAUGCUGGGCGAGCGAUACGGCAAGGAGUUUAUGACUCUGGCGCAAGAUAAUAAGGUCGAUACUGUCAAGGUUCCGGAUCGGCUUCUCAAGGGCUUGCGUGUGCGUCCACCAGGACAGGAACUUGUUGAGAGUUACCUUCGAGAAAUUGCGAACGCAUACGGCGUUGAAUGGCAUGGUGCCGAAGAAGAGCUAGGAAGUGCACCGACUGAAUUUGUGGACGAUCUUGGUGAUGGUGGUGAUGGUGACGGUGACGCAGAGGAACCUCAAUUACCGCAGACCCCUGGCAAGCAGCAAGGAGACUCAGCGCCGAGGCCGAACCUCUCUGAAGCGAGACGUGCCUCGGAGACCAGUGAAUUGACCAAAGCUACGCCUCCGCGUGGACUCGCUGCGGGCCGAAGUCCUGUCAGCGUUGCGCCGCCGGCUCCCAGAACGGACAAUCCUAACCCCAGAGUCAAGCUUCCCGGCACAGAGGGGAAAGCCGCUGCUGUCCCAAAGGAGGGUGGUGCCUCUAAGAGCAAGAGUAACAACAAUGGGAUACCCGAGCUGGAUGAACUGACACGACGAUUUGCGGAUUUGAAGAGGAGACCAUGA